AUGGAGUCAAAAGCUGUUCGCCAAAGCAACAAUGUCUGGACUAACAAGUAUUUUUCUAUUGCCCUCGGGGCAAUGAUGGUUCUUUUUAUUGUCCACCACUGGCUGGGGAUUCUCUACUUCAAGUAUAGUUCAAGGAAGCCAGGUCCCUUGACCGAUACAUUUGUUCACUGGCAUCGGUGCGUUCGCCAUUUUCUCUGUAUGAGACCCGCUAAUAAAGGUGGUUACUUCCACACGGUUUACUGGGCAAUCAUCCUGAUCCUUAUCUUGACCAAUGUUGAUUUGGGAGACCUCAAAUUCGUAGGAAAACGUCUCGGCUGGGCCACUCUUGCAAACCUCGUUCUCCUCGUUUUCCUCGCUCUCCGGAAUACUCCACUUGCUCCCUUAAGCGGACGAUCGUAUGAAAAGCUACGUCCCCUACACAAGACGGCCGGAUAUACCGCCAUUGGCAUGAUGCUCCUCCACACCAUAGUUUACUUGGCUGGUUGGUCACAGUCAGGCAGUCUUCACAAGAUGCAGGAAAUCGAUAAUGCCGCCGGUGCCGUUGCUGGGGUAGCUAUGUUGGUUAUAGGCCUAACCACAAUAGGGUAUUUUGUUCGAAAAUCCUACGAAGUUUUCUACAUGGUGCAUCUCCUCAUGUUGAUCCUCAUCAUGAUCAUGGUGGGAAUGCACCGACCCAAAAUAUCCACUCAAACACUCGUGAUUGUCAUUUUCACGUCUUGUAUGUGGUUCUCGGACCGACUGGUACGACUAGCCAAAAACGAAGUGCACGUUAGGCUUAAGCGCAAUGUCUUGUGCCGCCCUGGGUCUCAUGUGUUUUUGUGGUUGCCUUCUGUCCGUUUGUUUGGGACUCACCCAUUCACUAUGGUCUCCUCAAACCCUCCUGAGUUUGUUAUCCGGGCUUAUGAUGAAUUCACCCGUGAUCUCUAUUAUCUCGCUCAUAAGAAGCAAGGUCAAUUGCUCAGGUGCUCUAUGGAUGGGGAGUAUGGGCAGGUCCCGGUCUUCAUGGAAUUUGACAAGGUAAUUCUGGUUGCAGGGGGUAGCGGUGCCAGCUUUACUUUUGCCAUUGCACUCGGUUUACUUGAGCAGCUAGCUGCUCGUAACACUUUGAAGCGGAUAGAGUUCCUCUGGGCAAUCAGGAGUCUGGUUCUAGACUCACUCAAAUGGUUCGAACCACAGCUUGCCAAGCUUCAGGAAAGCGCAUGUGUCAAUAUUUCCAUUUAUGUCACCCGAGAUGCGAUCUCAUCCGGGGGGUCAAUCGUCCCGCCGACGCCAAUUUCUGAUAAAUCUGCAUGCCUAACCAACGCCUUGCCCAGUGGCGGCGAUAUCGAGAUGGGAUUAUGGAAGACAACAGCGCCUGGGGUCACACUUGAUGACGCAUUUCACACGAUGAAAGGACAACCAGAUAUUAGACUUCUGAUCUCGGACUACAUCUCAGGCAGUAGCUCAGAGGAACGGGUGGUCAUCGGUGGAUGCGGCCCAAUCGAGAUGAUUGAUGCGUUGAGUCAGGUCGUACAGGAGAGACAGAUAUCUGGCCCAUCGGUCACACUGCAUACAGAGGAGUCUAUGUGGUGA